AUGAUCAAAGACGUCCUGGUCGCAAUCGCUGGCGGAGAAGUCAGGACUGGCUGCAUGUUUGGCAAAAGCUUCAAGUUAUGGGAACAUCUGUCGUACCAGGGUCAAAUGGUGAUUUGCAGUCGUGGACGUGAUCAAUUUGUCACUUACGGCGUAAUCCAAGCUGAGAUGCCCCGCUUCGCACACCACGUGCUGGGUAUGCAAUGA